GGAACAUUCACCAGCACAACUGAUCAGCUCCGAAAGAAAGAAAGAAAGAAAGAAAGAUGCAUUCAGCACUGGGUUUAUCCUUCAUGUUAAUUGCUGUUUCCUCCAAUUUUGCAAUGGCAAUCAAGAAGGAAAAAAGACUUCCCCAGACACUCUCAAGAGGAUGGGGAGAUGAAAUAACCUGGGUACAAACUUAUGAAGAAGGGCUAUAUCAAGCAAAGCAAAGUAAUAAGCCACUGAUGGUUAUUCAUCAUUUGGAAGACUGUCAGUACUGUCAAGCAUUGAAGAAGGUUUUUGCAGAAAACCAAGAGAUACAAGAAAUGUGUCAGAACAAUUUUGUCAUGCUUAACCUCAUGCAUGAAACCACAGACAAGAACUUGUCACCUGAUGGACAAUAUGUGCCGCGAAUUAUGUUCAUAGAUCCUUCUCUCACAGUGAGAGCAGAUAUCACUGGAAGAUACUCUAACCGAAUGUAUACUUAUGAGCCUCAAGACCUGCCAGUGUUAAUAGAGAACAUGAAGAAGGCAUUGCGCCUCAUUCAGACUGAGCUGUGAAUGUAAGCUGUAACAUUAUCACCACCCCUCCCCAGAAAUGUGAACCAAGAAGAGUCAUCUGUUAGGGGUGUGCAACCAACCUAGUUCUCUUCUCCAAAAUGGCUUUCAUUACCUGCUGUUAUCUCAACCAAAGUGUAUCUUACAUUUUCCAAGGGUGGUUAUAGUGGUUAUGAUACAAGACCUCCGCUAAUGAGAAGGAUGACCCAGUUUACUUCAGGAUUCCUCCUUCCCUACAAUUUCAUAUUUUCAAAUCCCAACCUCAUCAGAGGGCCUACUCUAGAGUUUGAGAGUUCACUUAACCUUAAAGUCACAGCUUUUGUGUAACCAUUAAGAGCCUCCAUUCCAACCCAUCUCAGCUUUUCACAGUCCAUUAUUUCAUGCUGUGUUAAGGACACCACAGCAAGGCAAGUGCAGUUGAAAUAGUUAUUAGAUGCUAAUCCCCUACAGGUAUGUCCAGUGCAAAAGGAAUCUCCAAGGAUGUGUUUCAUGGAACUCUAUCACAAGCUUAUAAUCUAAUUUGUGGACUGUAUAUCAUUUGUGUUUUGACAAGUUCAGUUGAAUUGUUUGGAUGUUCAAACAGAACAGCAGGGUUGCUCAGUGUUCGUAUACAAGACAUCUAGAUUUAUUAGUUUUUAUAAAUAGUCUUUAGUUCUCAAUCUUACAGAGCUGAAUAGAUCAAAGUUUCUUGCAGGGUGUAGCUUAAAAUUAUUGCAGAAGUCCUCAUUUUGCUAGAAAUGUAAGCACAAAAGUUUUCUUAAAGCAUGAUGGUAGGCAUGUUUCUUCAGAAGUAAAUUCCAUUAAGUUCACUGCAGAUGAAACCUUAGAAGUAGUUUAAGAUUUUGGCCUUUGUUGCUUCACAAGAGACUGGAUUA